AUGACGGUGAGCCCGAGACGUUGGCUCACGUACGGCCAGCUUGGGAUCAGCGUCUCGUACGAUCCUGUCGUCGGGAAUCAACAAACCCACAAGUGUUUUUGGCUAAAAGUCACCGAAGUUUACAACGCACGAAGGCCGAAGAAUACCGUUGCCCGCAACGUGAAGAUGCUCCGCAGUCAUUGGGACCGAUGCGACAGAGAUGUCAAAAAAUUUUGCGCGAUAUACGGGGGAGAAGAGGCGAAUUAUCAGAGCGGAGCCAAUGGAGCCGACAUUCUGAGAGCGGCGUUGCGGGUCUUCAAAGACGACGUCGGCAAAGAUUUCAAGCUUGUCGAUGUUUGGUCGCAAGUCCACCACCUUGAAAGGUGGGCUGGCGGGAUGUCGAAGUCGGGCUCGAAACGCACGGCGCGUGGGCCACUACUCGUCUAG